UGAGCGACACGACACGAAACCAUCAGAUCGUGUCAAGCUUGGGUUCCAUUCCAUCUAUCCGUCCAGUCCAUUCGAAUUCGAUACGUUCGUCGGUCAUCGCAGUUCUCUGAGCGCGAAGGGCCCUCUCCUCUCUCAUAAAAAGCACACUACAACAACAGAAACACCACAAUAAAAUAAUAUAAUUAUCUGAAAAAUAAAAAAUUAUAGUCUCGAUCGGUUGUGCAGUAUUUUGAAGUUAGUAACUCGUAGGUUACACGAUUGGAAGCAUGAUUUUAAUCAGUUCCUCCUGACUCUGUGUAUUUUGAAGCGAAGAUCCGUUCAAUGUAGAACGCAAGUGCAAGUGCAAUUGCAGUCGGCUUAUAAGUUUUAAAAUAUAGCUUCUUAUCUGAAACUGAAUAAAAGAUACGUUGAUAUUGAUACCCGUGUCGGCAACGUUGUCGUCGUCGUCCCGAUCGCAAGAUGAUCGAUGAUCUCUAGAUUGCUUAAAAUCUGUAGUUUAGUGUAUUUGUUAAUGGUUUCAGUACAGUGCUUUAAAGAAUUAUGAACUAUGGAAGUCUUGAGCUGGAGAUUUUUAUUUUUAUGCGUAUUUUAUUUUUUCCUUGUGAAACUCAGCAAGAAUGUGUAUGAAAGUUAUUUUGCAGUGAACACAAUUUAAUUGCUUUUCUAUUUCUAUUUUGAAAUGUCGUAAACAAUAUGGAUAGUUAAUUGCUAAUUACAAUUUGAAUACACAAUUAAAAGUGACAGUGGCAGUGGGAGAAUAGUGUUGAGAUCUUUGUACACAUUUUUCAUUGGAAUAACAACAUGAAUAAGCGAUCCACUGGAUUCAAUAAACUCGAACUCGAUAUAGCUUGAAGUAUAUGAUACAUUUUUGGAUUACUCAUCAUAACGCGCAGCCAGAGACUACGACAACCGCAACGACGAAUCCACGACUCACCUGAAAGGUGUAAUACAACGCAAAGAAGUGUUAUCUGAAAAGUGUUUUUUUUUCUGGUUUAUGGAUAUUGUUUGGAGGUGCAAAAAUGAACAGCACCUUGCCGAUAGAAGCUGAUUUUGAGGCUUCAACACAAUCAUGGGCUACUUCUACAAUGAGGGACGCAUUGAAUGGAGAUGAAAUCAAUAGAUUUCCAAGAUCAUUGCUUACUUUUGCUGCGGUCACGACCAUCAUUAUAAUGCUGGUUGGCAUUUUUGGGAAUCUCCUUACAAUCAUAGCCCUGCUUAAGUGCCCGAAGGUGCGAAAUGUGGCAGCUGCUUUUAUUAUCAGUCUUUGUUUAGCUGACUGUCUAUUUUGUGCGGCAGUUUUACCAUUCAGUGCCUUUCGCUUCAUUCAAGGAACAUGGACACAUGGCGAUUUCCUUUGUAGACUGAUUCCGUUUAUCCAAUACGGAAACAUUGGAGUUUCCCUGCUCUGUAUUGCUAUGAUAACCAUAAACAGAUACAUUAUGAUAGCUCACCACAGCGCGUAUGCAAAAAUCUACAAGCGGCACUGGAUAGGUGUUAUGAUUGCGUUCUGCUGGCUUUUUGCUUAUGGAAUGCAGUUGCCAACAUUGUUCGCUGUUUGGGGAAAAUUUGACUACGAUGCGAGACUUGGAACUUGCUCUAUUAUGAACGAUGAAAAUGGACACAGCAGUAAAACUGCCUUGUUCAUGAUUGCAUUCGUCAUUCCGUGCAUCAUAAUCAUAGGAUGUUACACGAAGAUAUUUUGGGUUGUUCACAUGUCAGAAGUUCGCCUACGUCAACAUUCAAACAAACAGAAUUCAAUUCCCAACAAUCUCAGAGAAAUGCCAUCAGGCGUGACAUCCAAUGGAACGACCAACAGAAUGUCUUCGCCCGUGUCAUCUAGCUCAUUCAGUACUACUAGUGGAGCAGAAAUAACUAAGACCAGAAUCUCACAUAAAAUCAUUAGAGUUAAGGACCAACGUGAUGUCAAAGCAAAACGCAACGAAUGGCGUAUUACAAAAAUGGUACUAGCCAUAUUUCUGUCAUUUAUUGUCUGUUACCUACCAAUCACGGUUGUAAAGAUUGCUGACAAGGAUGUUAACUCACCGGGACUACACAUUUUGGGCUACAUUAUGUUGUACCUUUCAUCAUGUAUCAAUCCGAUAAUUUAUGUUAUCAUGAAUAAGCAAUAUCGAAAAGCAUACAAAACAGUACUAAUGUGCCAACCAUCAAGACUACUUCCAUUUAAAAAUGCCGGAAGUAGCGCCGGAGAGAAAUGGAAAGACAUAAGGUCCAGCUACAAUCACAGCCGUACAAUUGUGUCACAAGUAUCCGUGAUCGAUCCACAAACAAGCAGCAACAGCUACAGCAGCAAUCAGUCGCCAGUUGUGCUCGAGCUAUCGCCUCAAACGUUGCAGCCUCUGUCGAACUCAACAACCAAAGCUCCCAUAACCAACAGCUCGACGAUGAAUAUGACCAAAAAUUCCGACCCUAUUUUGCCAACUACCAAAAUAGCAACGGAACACAUUUUACCAAAUCUUUCAGCUUCAACAUCAAACAACAACCAUCAUCAAGUGAUCAAUCAGAAUCAGAACAGCGCUGCAUUGAGCCAUCCCCUUGCAGAAGUUCAACAACAGCCGCAAUCACAGCAAAUACAGCAACCGCAACCGCAACUGCAACUAUUUACCAAACCCCAAGACACUCAUGUUCAAGAUUCUCGAAUCACGUUCUCAGAGGGGGAUGUAAUAGUGGAGGAAGACGAAGUGGAGACGGAAAAACUGGAACAACAGACAUUCCCAAACCCCUUCCACUCGAACUUGUUGGAAUCAUCCGACACGAACAUGACCAAUCAGACCCAUCCGAAUCUUUCCGAAAUCGAGAAAAACCCACAAUACAUAAACGGCUACAAGCGAAAUAUCAACGACAUUCCAGAUAAUAAUACCAAAGUCAUUUCAAAAACAAAUAUCUUAAGAAAUUGUUGAAAAUAAGAUAGUAUAAGAUUUUAAAUAGAAAGUAAUUUUAAGGUUAAAGUUAAAAUUAAUAAAAUCCAAACAUUUGGUUAUGAACCUUUAUAACAUCAAACAUA